AAAGAAAAACCACCCAAAAAAAAAAACAAAGCAAAAAGAUACAUAAACUCACCCCUUCCCUUCACACUCGCUCUGCCCUUACCUCUUCUCCCGAUGGCUGCGACGCUCUUCACAUUCAAAGCGAUGGCGCUGUUACUCAGCACCACCGCCACCUUGUCGGCAGCAGCAAGCACGUGGUGCGUGGUGAGGAGCGACGCGAGCGAACAGGUUAUGCAAAGAGCUCUGGACUACGCAUGCAGCGCGGGCGCCGACUGCGCCCCCAUUCAGUCUUCCGGCCUCUGCUAUCUUCCCAACACUUUGCCUGCUCACGCUUCCUAUGCCAUCAACAGUUACUACCAGCGGAAGAGGACCACCGACCCCACCGCCUGCUCCUUUGCCGGCGCUGCUGCUAUCGCCACCACCGAUCCAAGCUAUGGAUCUUGUAAUUAUCCCUCAUCUCCAAGAAAUGCAGGAGGGAUGGUGUCGACACCCAGCGGCACGACUAAUCCAACUUCAACAACACCGACUCUAACGGAACCACUUCCGCCACCAGGGGCCACUACAGCUCCACCUUUGUACGGUGGUGGCGGAGGGGGCCUAACUCCAGGGAUGGGAAGUGUAGUGGCCGAGUCCCCCUUAUCAAACGCUUCACCUAUUUACUUAGAAAGGAGCAUAUUCUCCAUUAUUUAUGCCAUUUUUUUGCUCCUUUUUCUUCCAAACAAUGUAAUUAACAUUUGUUUAAUGUCAAGAGACUAGCUUAGCUCUCUACAAUUUACUACUGUA